CAUCUCCAUUAGUCAUAGCCGAUGAUAUAACAAUCGAAAUCCCGACAAAGAGUAACUUACAAACUUACAUCGUCCGCGUAAAUUUGCCGAGGGGCCGGGUUUUGGCCGAUUCCGACAAGCUAGAGAGCUGGUACACCUCCUUCUUGCCAGCUCGCGAAGAGGCGGAUUCGGCUCGAUUGGUACACUCUUAUCGCAAUGUGGCGACCGGUUUUGCGGCGAAGCUAUCACCCGAAGAAGCGAAAGAAAUGGAGAAAAUGGAGGGAUUCAUUACCGCAAGGCCACAGAAAAAGUUGUCAUUGCACACAACUCAUAGCCCUAGUUUCUUGGGGCUACACCAGAAUUUAGGGUUAUGGAAGAGCUCGAACUAUGGCGAAGGCGUUAUUAUCGGACUUCUCGACACCGGUAUUGCUCCGGGCCAUCCUUCUUUCGACGACAAAGAUAUGCCCCCUCCGCCUAAGAAAUGGAAAGGGAAAUGCGAGUUCACCGGAGCAGCGUGCAACAAUAAGCUCAUCGGUGCAAGAAGUUUCAUCAGCGACGGCCCGGCAGGGCCGCCGGUCGACGAAGAAGGCCACGGCACUCACACCGCCGGCACGGCCGCCGGGAACUUCGUUCCGGGCGCCAACGUGUUCGGCAUGGCCAACGGUACGGCCGCCGGGAUGGCGCCACGCGCGCAUCUCGCCGUGUACAAAGUUUGCUCAGAGGACGGGUGUGGCGAUGCCGACAUACUGGCAGCAAUGGAUACCGCCGUUGACGACGGGGUCGACGUGCUUUCCCUCUCUCUAGGCGGCGGUUCGUUCGAUUUCUUCGACGACGUUAUUGCUGUAGGUGCAUUCGCAGCUAUUCAGAAGGGCAUUUUCGUCAGCUGUUCGGCGGGGAAUUCCGGGCCGUUUAAUGCUUCGUUAUCCAACGAAGCGCCCUGGAUUCUCACCGUUGGUGCUAGCACUACCGACAGAAGGAUAUUAGCUACGACGGUGUUAGGAAACAAGGAUGUGUAUACGGGCGAGUCACUUUUCCAGCCAAGUAACUUCCCGUAUGAAUCCAUGCCGUUGAUCGAUGCCGGUGCCGGCGGUAAUGAAACCGCCGGACUUUGCGGACCCGGCUCGUUGGACGACACCGAUGUCAAAGGGAAAAUUGUACUAUGCCAGAGAGGAGGCGGGGUAGCACGAAUAGAGAAGGGGCAAACGGUGAAAGAUGCUGGUGGUGCCGCCAUGAUUCUGAUGAAUGACGAGCUCGACGCCUACGACACUGUAGCCGAUCCUCACGUACUUCCGGCCACGCAUGUGAGUUACGAUGCAGGAGAAAAGAUCAGAGCAUAUAUAAAUUCAAGUUCAACACCUUGGGCAGCCAUCACGUUUCAAGGCACGGUUAUAGCGAACCCGUCCGCUCCAACCGUCGCGUCGUUCUCGUCGAGAGGGCCGAGUUUGGCGAGUCCAGGAAUACUUAAACCCGACAUCAUCGGACCCGGCGUCAGCAUACUAGCCGCAUGGCCGGUGUCGGUCGACAACAACACGAACGAAAAUGCGACAUUUAACAUGAUUUCGGGCACGUCGAUGUCGUGCCCACACCUCAGUGGCAUUGCAGCAUUGCUCAAAAGCACGCACCCUGAUUGGUCGCCUGCCGCAAUAAAGUCCGCCAUUAUGACCACCGCCGGUCAGCUUGACUUAGAGGGUGGGCCCAUUGAGGACGAGAGACACUUGCCCGCAGACGUAUUUGCCCUUGGAGCAGGACACGUUAACCCGUCGAGUGCUAAUGAUCCGGGGCUUGUUUAUGACCUACAACCCGAAGAUUACAUCCCUUACUUGUGUGGCUUAGGCUACACGGAUGAUGAAAUCCGGACAAUUGUGCAGCAGUCGGUUUCUUGCUCGAAUAUAACGAGCGUACCCGAAGUGCAACUGAAUUACCCGUCGUUCUCCGUCAAACUUGGGCCCGCAACGAAAACGUACACGAGGACGGUGACAAAUGUUGGGGAGGCAAAUUCAACUUAUAGCGUCGAAGUUAAUCGGGUUAAAGGUGUUGAUGUAGGAGUGACACCUGGUACUCUGUCUUUCACCAAAGUGAACCAAAAGAUGACGUAUGAGAUAAAGUUUAGCAAAUCUUCAACCCGUGUCAAUGCCACUUUCGUGCAAGGGGCAAUCGUGUGGCGUUCGGAGAAACGCGCGAGUACCUUACAAACAUACAUUGUCCAUGUAAAGUUACCGAGGGGCCGGGUUUCGGCCGAUUCCGACGAGCUCGAGAGGUGGUACAUCUCUUUCUUGCCCGGGGACAAGGGCCCGCGCACUCGAUUGGUUCGCACUUUUCGACACGUGGCGACCGGUUUUGCGGCGAAGCUAACUUCGGAAGAAGUGAAAGAAAUGGAGAAGAAGGAAGGAUUCAUUACUGCAAGGCUGCAAAAAAAGUUGUCAUUGCACACAACUCAUAGCCCUAGUUUCUUGGGGCUGCACCAGAACUUAGGAUUAUGGAAGGGCUCAAACUACGGCGAAGGCGUAAUUAUCGGACUUAUAGACAGCGGAAUUUCGCCGGGCCAUUCGUCUUUCGACGACAGAGACGUGCCGCCUCCGCCUAAGAAAUGGAAAGGGCAGUGCGAGUUCAGCGCCGGGUGCAACAACAAGCUCAUCGGUGCAAGAAAUUUCGCCAGCGACACGUGGGGCCCGCCGGUCGACGACUACGGCCACGGCACGCACACCGCCAGCACAGCCGCAGGGAACUUUGUUCCCGGCGGCAAUGUUUUCGGCAUGGCCAACGGUACGGCCGUCGGCAUGGCCCCGCGUGCACAUCUCGCCAUGUACAAAGUCUGCUCCGACGAGGGAUGUUACGAGGCGGACAUACUGGCGGCGAUGGAUGCUGCGAUCGAGGAUGGGGUCCACGUAAUGUCCCUCUCUCUAGGCGGCGGUUCGAUCGAUUUCUUCGACGACGUUAUCGCUAUAGGUGCAUUCGCAGCUAUUCAGAAGGGCAUUUUCGUCAGCUGUUCGGCGGGGAAUUCCGGGCCGUUUGAUGGUUCGUUGUCGAACGAGGCGCCCUGGAUUCUUACGGUUGGGGCUAGUACUAUCGACAGAAGGAUAGUAGCUACUGCAGUACUGGGAAACAAGGACGAAUACACCGGCGAAUCCGUUUACCAGCCGAGCGAUUUCCCAUAUGAAGAUAUGCCUUUAAUUGAUGCCGCUGGUGGUAAUGUAACUACCGGACUUUGCGAACCGGGCUCGUUGGACAACAUUGACGUAAAAGGGAAAAUUGUACUCUGCCAGAGUGGAGGCUGGACAGAUCCAAUCGACAAGGGGCAAACGGUGAAAGAUGCCGGUGGUGCCGCCAUGAUUCUGAUGAACAAAGAGCGAGACGCCUACACAACAAUAGCCGAUCCCCACGUACUUCCGGCCACCGAAGUGAGCUACGAUGCCGGAGUGAAGAUCAGGGCGUAUAUAAGUUCGACGUCAACUCCUCGGGCAGCAAUCAUGUUUCGAGGCACUGUUAUUGGAUUUCCGUCGGCUCUGACGGUGGCAUCGUUCUCGUCGAGAGGGCCGAGUUCGGCGAGUCCCGGAAUACUAAAACCCGAUAUCGUCGGCCCCGGCGUCAACAUACUAGCGGCAUGGCCGGAAUCUGUGGACAACUACCCGAACGAAAAUGCGAUAUUUAACAUCAUUUCGGGCACGUCGAUGUCAUGCCCGCACCUCAGUGGCGUUGCGGCACUGCUCAAAAGCGCGCACCCUGAUUGGUCGCCUGCCGCAAUAAAGUCCGCCAUUAUGACUACCGCUAGUCAGCUUGACUCAGCGGGUGGGCCCAUCGAGGACGAGAGACACUUGCCUGCUGACAUAUUUGCCCUCGGAGCAGGGCACGUUAACCCGUCGAGUGCUAAUGAUCCGGGGCUUGUUUAUGACCUACAACCCGAAGAUUACAUCCCUUACUUGUGUGGUUUAGGGUACACAGAUGAUGAAAUCGAGACAAUUGUGCAUCAGUCAGUUUCUUGCUCGAAUAUAACGAGCAUACCCGAAGCGCAACUAAAUUACCCUUCGUUCUCUGUUCAACUUGGGGCUUCUACGAAAACGUACACGAGGACGGUGACGAACGUCGGGGAGGCGAACUCGACUUAUAGUGUCGAAAUUAUUCGGGCGAAGGGUGUCGAUUUAGGUGUCGAACCUUGUACGCUUUCGUUCAGCAAAGUGAACCAGAAGAUGACGUAUGAGAUAAGCUUUAGGAAAUCUUCCACUUCUGUCAAUGGAACUUUCGUGCAAGGAGCGAUCGUUUGGCGUUCGGCCAAGCGUGCCGUUAGAAGUCCGAUUUCGGUCAAGCUCGUCCGAUGAGUACGCUAGAUUGAAGAAAAUUCGAAUCUUGUGUUGCAAAAUAGUAUUUCAUAAUCAAUUUGCUUAUGAGUAAACAA